AUGAGAGCUGCCCUCAUCUUUGGCGUCUCGCUGUCCGCUUCAGCGUAUGCCCAAUGGCCAUGUGGCAAUAUAGAGGAGGUACAUCCACCUUUCACCUGGCAUAACUGUGUUCAAGAGCCGUGCAAGAAAUACUUUGGUGCCAUUGUACUGGACUCCACGCUACGUGAAACAAAUUGCUGCGCCGGUCGAUUCGACAUCAAGGACUUGCACAGAACACACUGCAAAAACAAGGAUAAAGAUACCUGCCCAGUGGACUGCUGUGUCGAGGGCGCUGACUAUCGAGCUCAUGGCAUAUCGACCGAUGGCACGAGCCUGAAAUUGGACCUCGGCGCCACCGCGCCUCAUGUUUCGAAGGAUCUGAUUCGGGUAAUGCCUUUGAAGGAAAACGAACGUUACGAGAAUAAGCCUUUGGUCCGCCGACAUGAUUCAGAGUAUACUUUCGAUAUCGAUGUUCGAAACGUCCCGCCAGGUUACAAGGCCAGAGUGUCACUCAAUUGGAUGUGGCCGGAUGGCGCUAGAUCCGAGAAAAAGGGAGACAAAGCCGGCGCAAGGUACGGAACCGGGUAUUGCGAUGCUACAUGCGACAAGGGGCAAAGGUUCGUCGAGGGAAGAGCCAAUUACGAUGGAUGGGUUCCUGAUAAGCACGACCCUAUGCUGGGCACAGGUCGUACCGGUGCAUGCUGUCACACUAUUGUGCUAUGGGAGGGAAACAUAGAGUCUACGGAUUACCACUGGAGUCCCUGCCUUCCCCCGUGGUAUCAUAAGUGCGACAACGACAAAUGCGCAACAAGGUGUUUCGCGUUUGGCUGUCGCUGGAACCCUAAUGGGAACAAAAUGAAACCGUUCUACGGCCCCGGACCAACCAACACUAUCGAUUCGAAAAAGCCGUUCAGCGUUGUGACUCAAUUCUUCAUACAGCAGACACCAAAAGUGGCUUGUAUCCUGAAAACUAGGGCCACCUACUAUAUCCAAGAUGGAAACAUUUUCCGCAGCGCACCAUCUGACUACAGGCCCAAUGGUGCGCUGUUCAAUACCAUGAACAAGCAAUUCUGUAAAAAGAUGGCAUCGGACUUCAAAUGGGGAAAGCGGUGGAAAAGGGCUGGUUCAUGGUGGCAACGAGGUCGCGGCAACAUGUACAAGAUGGUGCCUGUUUUUAGCAUAUUCCGAGAUCGAGAGUAUGAUAAGAUCCAUCAUUUGGAGAAUGACGGGAAGGAAUUCGACGAUUUCCCUCGCAACGCAUCUGUCACUAUCUCUAAUUUCAGGAUCGGAACGAUUAACCAGACAUUUGUUGAUAUGCUUGAUCCGGAAUUGCGGCCAAAGGAUGUGUAUCAUCGCCAGGGUAUCACGUUUAACGAAAAGAAUCAACCUAAGCCCACAGGUUGGGGGGAAGACAAGCUUUGA